ACGCCCUUAUGCAAUUCCUUCAGCAGGCUCUAUCAGAUAAAUAAAGCCCUCUAACCCUCCAUUGGUCUAGCUCUCCAAGCUGAUUUUCUGGGCUAGUUCUCACGUCUGCCCAUCUUCUACUGCCGUUCUGGAGCAGCCAUGAAGUCCCUGGUCCUGCUCUUUUGUUUAGCUCAGCUCUGGGGCUGCCAAUCGGCUCCACAUAAUACAGGGCUGGGUUUUAAAGAAGUGGCUUGUGAUGACCCAGAAGUAGAGCAAGUAGCUUUGUUGGCCGUAGACUACCUCAAUCAACAUCUUCUUCAUGGGUUCAGUCACGUCUUGAAUCGGAUUGACAAAGUCAAGCUGUGGUUUCGGCGACCCGUUGGAGUGGUAUACGAAUUGGAAUUAGACACACUGGAGACCACCUGCCAUGUUCUAGACCCCACUCCUCCGGCCAACUGUUCUGUGAGGCAGGUGACCGAGCAUGCGGUGGAGGGAGACUGUGACUUCCACGUUCUGAAACAAGAUGGCAAGUUCACUGUGUUUCACAGCCAGUGUCAUUCCAAUCCAGAUUCUGCUGAGGACGUGCGUAAGUUGUGCCCAAAUUGCGGACUCCUGAUUCCAUUCAAUGACACCAAUGUGGUGCGCACCGUCAAAGCUGCCCUGGAUACCUUCAAUGCACAGAAUAAUGGAACCUAUUUUAAACUAGUGGAGAUUUCCAGAGCUCUAAAUGUGCCUCUCCCAGUCUCUACUUCUGUGGAGUUUGUGGUAGCUGCUACUGACUGUAAUGCUCAAGAGGUCACAGAUCCAGCCAAAUGCAACCUGCUGGCAGAAAAGCAAUAUGGCUUCUGCAAGGCGAGUCUUGUCCAAAAGCUUGGUGGGGAAGAGGUUUCAGUGGCCUGCAAAGAUUUCCAAAAACAGCCCCAGCCAGCCAGUGCCAACACAGCAGGCCCUGCACCUGCAGUGGACCAAGCUGCACCUGCAGUAGACCAAGCUGCACCUGCAGCCCCAUCAGCUGGCUCACCUGCAUCUUUGGUGGUAGGACCCAUGGUGGUGGCGGUUCCUCCUGGACCUCCAGCCCACCGAACACACCAUGACCUACGCCAUGCCUUCUCACCUGUGGCUUCAGUGGAGUCAGCCUCAGGAGAAGCUGUUGGCCCACCUAAGGUGGUCCAGCCUGGCAUGGCGGGUGCUGCUGGUCCAGUGGCCCCCCUGUGCCCAGGCAGGGUGAGACACUUCAAGAUCUAGGCUGGACUUGCUGAAGUAAAGUUUUGGCAGAGAGGACAUAGCCGCCAUUUUGUCCAAGACUGGACAUGAAGCUGGGGAGCUUGUCCACUGACAAAACAAAUACCACCUUACGGCUUGAAUUCCAGUUCUCCUCAUUCCUCAGAGAACGGGGCAGAGAAGGGAUGGUCAUAUUUGAGGAAAGGCACAAAGCCAGCAACAGCACUGCCACUGUUAUGAUGACAAAACUACUGCCAUUGUUUCUCUGCCUUCUC